AUGGAGAAUGACAAGCAAACCCCCAUUGCCAUUGUAGGCAUGAGCUUCCGGUUUCCGGGAGACGCAAACACCACCGAAGGCUUCUGGGACAUUCUGAGCAACGCCAAGUCGACGAGGACCAAGAUACCCAGAUCCAGGUUUGACCCGGAUGGCUUCUAUCAUCCGAAUGCCGACCGUCCUGGAGCGAUCAUCACGAAGGAAGGUUGCUUCCUCAAAGACGACAUUGCACUUUUCGAUGCUCCCUUCUUUGGCAUCACGGCCUCGGAAGCUGAGGCCAUGGAUCCUCAGCACCGUCUUCUUCUAGAGGUCACAUACGAGGCCUUUGAAAAUGCCGGCAUUCCCAUCACCAAGGUUGCCGGGAGUGAUGCUGGAUGCUACGUGGGCGGCUUCAGCAGCGACUACCUGCUUCUCAACGGUCAUGAAAUCCACGAGCAGUCCAUGUACCAGGCCACGGGUUGUGGUAACUCAAUGUUGUCGAACCGGCUAUCAUGGUUCUAUGACCUGCGAGGGCCGAGCUUCACCAUCGACACGGCCUGCUCAUCCAGUAUGGUCGCCCUUCACGAAGCAUGCCGUGACAUUCAGGAUGGAAUAACGAGCGUGGGCGUUGUUGCAGGAUCCAGCCUCAUGCUUGUGCCGGGUCUCUGGCGAGCCCUGUCAAGUCAAAGGUUUUUGAGCCCCGACGGAACUUGCCACAGCUUUGACGAGCAGGCCAACGGAUACGGCCGCGGCGAGGGUGUAGGAGUGGUAAUUGUGAAGCCCCUGGCGGAUGCCAUUCGCGACAAUGACGUGAUCCGUGCUGUCAUCCGAGGCAGCGGAAUCAACCAAGAUGGCAAGACGCCCGCCAUCACGGUGCCCAGCGCUCACGCGCAGAUGGAUCUAAUCCGCUCCACCUAUGCCAGAGCCGGCCUCGACAUGAACCACACCACCUACUUCGAGGCCCACGGUACGGGCACACCCGUCGGUGACCCGCUGGAGUUGCGAGCCAUUGGUGAGACCAUCGGAGCCUCGCUCGGCGAGCAUAAUCAUCCCAUUCUUGUGGGAUCCGUCAAGAGCAAUAUCGGCCACCUCGAGGGCUCCUCAGGCAUCGCCGGCGUCAUCAAGACUGUCUUAGCUAUGGAGCACGGCGAGAUCCCCGCGGUAGCUGAGUUUAAGAGCCUCAACCCUCGCAUCAGGCAGGACGAAUGGAGGGUCAGCAUUCCAACUGAAUUGACUCCCUGGCCUGCCGAUGGCCUCCGGCGUGCGAGCAUCAACUCGUUUGGAUAUGGCGGUUCCAACGCGCAUGCCAUCUUAGAUGAUGCGUUGCACUACCUUCAGGCAAGAGGCUUGAUCGGUAACCACAACACGGUCCCCACUCCCAACCGGCCGGGCACACCAAGCUCGCAGAGCUCCGACUCGGCCAUCUCGGUCACCCAAGCCACGCCGGAAGCAGAGCUCCCUGCCCCGGAGUCAAAGCUCUUCGUCUUCAGCUCCCCGGAACAAGAUGGCCUGGCGCGCCUUGCCGAGACCUACUCCACGUACCUGGACCAAGACUCUCUCUCGCGUAGCUUGAAGGGGAACACGCUCGACGAGAUAGAGAAGAUGCACAACCUGGCAUACACCUUGGCAUCCCGCCGGACAAUCUUCAAUUGGAGGAGCUUCGCCGUCGCCGAUUCGCUCACCGGGCUCCAGACCUCGCUUCAGGAGUCGGGCCUGCCCAAGCACGGCCGGUCCGGCAAGAAGCCGUCGUGCGCCUUCGUUUUUACCGGCCAGGGCGCCCAGUGGUACGCCAUGGGGCGGGAGCUGCUCCGCCACGCGGUCUUCCGGACCAGCAUUGCCCAGGCGGACGCCUACCUGGCGUCUUCCCUGGACUGUGCCUGGUCGCUGACCGAGGAGUUGUGCCGCGACGCCGCGGCCAGCCGCGUCAACGAGCCCCAGAUCUCGCAGCCGCUGUGCACCGCCCUGCAGGUGGCUCUCGUGGAUCUGCUGCGGCACUGGUGUCUCCACCCCAAGGCCGUGGUCGGCCACUCGAGUGGAGAAAUUGGUGCCGCGUAUGCCGCCGGCGUGCUCUCCCGGGAGGAUGCGUGGAGGGUUGCCUACUGGCGGGGUGUUCGCUCUGCCGAAAUCAACGCGCUCGUCCCGGACCGCAAAGGCGCCAUGAUGGCCGCCACACUGCCUGAGGAACAAGCCCGGCAGUACCUGGGCAGGGUCAAGAAGGGAGGCGAGGUGGUCGUCGCAUGCAUCAACAGCCCCAACAGCGUGACCAUCUCGGGCGAUGACUCUGCGGUGGCCGAGGUCGAGAAGCUUCUCGCCGCCGACAACAUCUGGUGCCGCAAGCUUCUGGUCAAGACGGCGUAUCACUCUCCCCACAUGCAAUUGAUUGCAGACCAGUACCGCAGGGACAUCCAGGACAUUCGCCCCGUUGUUGAGGGACAAUUCGACAUCGCCGUCUUCUCAUCCGUCUCAGGCUCCCAGAUUAACCCCGAAAAGAUGGGUACCGCCGAUUACUGGGUCAAGAACCUGGUCAACCCCGUGCGGUUCUCGGCUGCCGUCAGCUCGCUGCUCAAGCCGCAGGACGCGCGGAGCCGGCGAAAGGGCGUCGCCAACGUGGAGGCCCUAGUCGAGAUCGGUCCUCACAGUGCACUGCAAGGUCCCCUGAGGGAUAUCCUAGCCGCCGCUAACGAGUCGUACGUUGGCAGUGUCCCGUACACUACGAUGCUGCAGCGCGGCGUCAACGCCCUCCAGACGGCCAUCACGGCCGCUGGCAGGCUGUGGUCCGCCGGAUUUGAGCUGGACCUGGACCUCGUCAACUCGAUGGAGAGAGAGGCGUUGCAUAGCCGUCCCCUGGUCACCCUGCCGCGGUAUCCCUUCAACCACAAGCGCAGGUAUUGGCGGGAGCCACGCGCUGUCCGCUGGGCUCAAGGCCACUCGACGCCCAGAACCGACCUUCUCGGCCAAAAGACGCUCGACUACAGCAGCUUGAUGCCCACCUGGAAGAAUCUACUCUGCCCCUCCGAAAUUCCUUGGCUGUUGGACCACAAAGUCCACGGCCUGCUUGUUAUGCCGGGUGCUGUGUCCAUCGCCAUGGUUAUGGAGGCCUGCCGUGAUACAGCCGACCCGACGAGGACGCUGGAAGCCUACGAGUUCCGCGACAUCAUCUGGCACAAGCCCAUCAUCUUCGAGUCGCCCGACGCCCAGAUCCAGAUCUCUCUCCAGCUAUCGCCGUACAAAAUCGGCACCAAGACGGCCACCACGUCGACCUGGACUCGUUUCUCCAUCACCACCAUCGGCGCCAACCAGGAGGCGAUGGAGCACUGCUCGGGCUUCGUCGAGCGCAAGUACGUCACGCGCCCAGGUGAAGUGGAGAAGGGGAUCGAGGCCGCGGCCGAAUGGGAGCGGUACAAAGCGGAGUACGAGGCGAUCAAGGCGCGGCCCACUAUCUCGCUAACCGCCCGCACCAUGUACGACAAGCUGGAAACCCACGGGAUACAGUUCGGGCCCGUCUUUCGCAACCUGUCCAACAUGCAGUCGGGCGAGGGGUUCAUGCAAGGCGAGAUCAAGACGCCCGACACGGCUGCCACCAUGCCUGAGGGCGUCGAGUCCGCGCUGCCCCUACACCCAACGGUGCUCGACGCCUCGUUCCAGAUGCUGGCCGCCACCGCCCGCGGGCGCAGUCUCGACUUCCCUAUGCUGCCCAGCUCGAUUGAGAGCCUGUACGUCUCUGCGACGGCCCCGACGGCUGCCGGCACUGUCCUGAAGGGAUACUGCACACGCGUGCCUGAGAGCGCCGUCAAGGCGUCCGGGUGCUCCGUCCUCUGGACCGAGUCAGGGGACCGGCCGGUUCUGGUGCUUAAGGGCCUCAUCGUCGCGGCCGCUCCGGGACCCCAGUCGGCCACCAACAAGGCCUAUGCUCGCCUCGAUUGGGUAGUUGACGUCAACCACUCGCAGUUGCCGGCCCAGCUGGGCGUGCGCUACGAGAAGGAAUAUGCGGCGACUGCUAGGCUGGCUGACAAGGUCGCAGCCAAGUUCAUGCGGGAGGCGCUGGCGCUUGUUGGGGCUCCCGAAGCCAUAAAGGUGGAGAACCUGCCAGUAGAGCUGCGGAACUACAUCGCUUGGAUGCGUUCCCUCUCGGAUUCUGUGGCUGCUCUCGACGGCAUCGGGCAUGGUCAAUCCACCGAACCAGCUCCUGAUGCCGAUGUCCUCAGCUCCAUCGUAAAAAUCGGCACCCAGAUCAAUAGCAUUCUGAUGAGCCAUGAAACCAAGCACACCGUCAUCUCCAAGACUCUGCUAGCCGAUUUCAUCAACCGAUCGCUGGGCCGCUCCGUGGUCGAUUCGACCGUCGUUGAGAUACUCGACCAGGCUGGCAACAUCAAUCCCAACCUCGAAAUUCUCGAGCUCGCCAGCGGUAGUAACACGACGGUUGCCACAGAAGUUCUGAAGCGACUAUCCGGCAAGUACAGCCGCGUUGCAAAGUACAUCUGGACCGGCCGUGACGGAGAAGCCGUGGAAGCAGCCAGGAACAAUCUCAGCAAGCCGGGUGAAUGCAUCGAUUUCAAGACGCUCGAAGUUGAGGGCGACAUCCAGGCUCAAGGUUUCAUCCCAGGGAAAUUCGACUACAUUAUCCUGGACGACCUCCUCCUCACGACAUCCGACCUUGACGCCGCCCUCAAGAACAUCAAGAAGCUCCUCAAACCCGACGGCAAGCUGAUCAUCCAAGCCAUCACCAAGGCCCAACCGCGGACGGCCUUCGUCCUGGGCUUAGCUCCUCCAUGGUGGCGCGAAGGCGCGUCUGGCGAGCGGCUCGACGAGGCGCGCUGGGACGAGCUGCUCAGGGCCAACGGCUUCACAGGCGUCAACCAGGCCUUUGCUGACUCGGAUGACCCGGCUGUGCACCAGCUGUCAGUCAUGCUCUCUUCCGCGACGCGCGAGACGGCCUUUGAGUACACGGACGUGUUGCUCGUCACACCUGCGACUCCGUCCCCUAAGGUCGCCAGACUGGCCGAGAAUUGCGCCGCCCGUCUGGCCGGGCUCGGGCUCGGGCUCAGCCCUGCCACGCUGCCGUGGACCGAGCUAACUGACGAGUACGUCUCGGGCAAGACGGUCGUCGUCUCGCUCAUUGAGCUGGACGGUGACGUCUUCUUUGACCUGGCGCCGGCGCUUUUCCACGUCACCAAGGCCAUGGCGCUGCGCGCCGGCGGCGUGCUGUGGCUGACGCAGGCCGGCCACGUCUCGGGCACCGCACCACCGGGCCACAGCGUGUCGAUGGGCCUCUUCCGCGCUGUGCGGUCUGAGUACGAGGCGAAACCGCUGGCCUCCUUGGACCUGUCCGCGAGGGUGGACCUCGCCUCGGCCGGAGCCGCAGACCUGGUGACGCGCCUCUUCACGACUCUUUUUGCGCAAGGAGACAUCCACGCUCCGGACAAGGAGUUUGCCGAGGACAAUGGUGUCGUGUACGUGCAGCGCGUGGUUGAGGACAUAGGGCUGGCCGCAGCCAGGGCGACGACGGGAGUGAUGCCGCAACCGGUGACGGAUAGGCUGUUCCAGGAGGGCAGAAAGCUCGUCAUGACAGUCGGGCAGAUUGGGGUGCUCGAUUCACUCCAAUUUGAGGACAAUUACGAAUGUGCCGGGCCGCUUCCUCAGGACAAAGUCGAAGUCAAGGUCUUGUACACGGGCCUCAACUUUGUCGACAUCAUGGCAUCUCUUGGAGAGGUGCCGAGGUCAGGUCUAGGCAGCGAUGUCGUCGGCAUUGUCAUUGACGUCGGGUCAUCUGUGACGCACGUCAAGCCUGGUGACACAGUGGUCGGUUUAUGCGCCGGAGGCAUUGGCAGCCAUGCCCGGCUCAAGUCGACCGCGUGCCAUCACGUUCCUCACAAUAUUUCGAUCCAGGAAGCUGCCACAAUCCCGCUCGCCUUCACGACGGCCUGGAUCGGCCUCGUCGAGCUCGCCAAAAUGCGCAAGGGCGAGACAAUACUGAUCCACUCAGCCGCUGGCGGCGUCGGGCAGGCUGCCGUCCAGAUCUGCCAGCACUUCGGCGUCGAGGUCUUCACCACCGUCGGCUCCGUGCCCAAGAAAGAGCUCCUCAUGCGGCGCUAUGGAGUGCCCGAGGAUCACAUCUUUUACUCCCGCGAUACGACUUUCGCCCAGGGCGUCAGGAGGAUGACCCACGGUCGGGGCGUCGACCUCGUCCUGAACUCGGUGGCUGGCGAGUUCCUCCGGCAGUCUUGGCAUCUCGUGGCCCCGUUUGGGCGCUUCGUUGAGAUUGGCAAACGCAACAUUUUGGGCAACACAGGGCUCGACAUGGAGCCCUUUAUUCGAAAUGUCAGCUUCAUCGGCGUCAAUCUCAAAGAGUACACCGAGGAACGGCCCGAGUUCGGGGCGCUUGAGGGAGCGCAGAAGCGGAUCUUUGAGCUUGUCGCCGCCGGCAAGCUUCGGCCCCUGGCUCCGAUCAAUAUUUAUGAUUACAGCGACGGGCCCAAAGCCUUCCGCGCCCUUCAGUCCGGAGAGACGGUUGGCAAGAUCAUCAUGCGCGCCAAUCCGGACGAAAUGGUCCCCGUCGUCCCGCGCGACGAGCAUCCUCUCUCGCUCGACCCCAAUGCCACGUACCUCCUCGCCGGUGGACUGGGCGGUAUUGGCAGGAGUAUUGCCACCAUGCUGCAUGCCCACGGGGCGCGGAACCUGGCCUUCGUCUCCAGGUCGGGCGACGGAAAAGACGCCGCCAAGGCAUUCCUGAAACAGCUCCGAGGCCUGGGCUGCACAGCUAACGCUUAUGCAUGCGACAUUGCCGACCGCGAGCAGUUGUCUCGGGCUAUCAAGCAGUGCCAGUCUGAAAUGCCGCCCAUCAGGGGGUCCAUCCAAUGCGCAAUGAUGCUAAAAGAUGGCAUUUUCGAAACCAUGACGUACGACGACUGGUUCUCCUGCACGAGGCCCAAGAUUCAGGGCAGUUGGAACCUGCACAGCGUCCUGCCCAAUGACCUCGACUUCUUCAUCAUGCUCGCGUCCACGUCGGGCGUGAUCGGCACCCCGGGGCAGGCCAACUACGCCGCCGGCAACACCUUCCAGGACGCGCUGGCGAACUAUCGACGGCGACAGGGACAGAAGGCAGUAGCGCUGGACAUCGGCGCGGUCCGCGACGUCGGGUACCUUGCCGAGGCCACAGACCAGCGGUACUGGAGCAUGAGCCACUUGGUGGCACUCUCAGUCAGCGAGGCCGACAUCCACUUCCUCACCAAGCACGCCAUCACGGGCUACACUGUCGGGGGCCAGGCGAUGGGCGGGCAGAUCAUCGCCGGCCUGGCUGGCGCCAAGAUCGGCGAGGAUCGCAGCCCGUGGGUCCGCGAUGGCAAGCUCUGCCUCGCCCUGAAGGACUCGCUGACCAAGCGGACGGCGGACAUGCAUGCCGGGCUGGAUGCUUUGGCCAAGGCGGACACGGCUGCCGCGGCGGCCGCCAUCGUGGAGGAAAUAAUGAUUCGGCGCGUCGCCGUGGCCGUCAUGAUCCCCGAGGAUGACAUCACCGUCAGCGAGCCCGUUCAGACGUAUGGAGUCAACUCGCUUGUGGCUGUCGAGAUCAAGACGUGGCUGGCCAAGGAGUUCCAAACGGAGGGAAUCAGCGUCGGAGAAAUUAGUCCCUCUUCGAUUUCGACCCUGGCGAAGAGGAUCGUCGUCACCAGCAAGCUUCUUCAUGCCAAGUUCAAGGAGAAGUCAGAGGAGGCCCCAACGGCAAGGAUAAGGGUUGUAGCCGUGUAG